AUGGACGGCCAGCUUCACCUCCAUGCCGGCCUGGCCGACCCCAGGUCUUUCCGUCCUAACCUCUACAGCUCUCGUUCGGCGACGCGCGUGACGACUGACCCCGAGAAGAAGUCGCAUUCCCACCUGCACAAGCACAAGUCGUCGCGACACCACCACGACCGUCACGAUGACCGUCACCGCCACAGCUCCAGCCGACGCCAUGCGGCAAAAGAGGCGAUGCAGUCAGCCAUCCAGAUACAGCCGCCCACUAGCUUUGGAGACUUGCUGAGGCAGGCGCGAGGGAGCAGAGACACGAGCCCCAGUCACAGUCGCAGGGAGAGCGUCGCACCAGGGCAGGCGGAUGGCAGCGUGCAUGGGAAGGAGGAAAGCACUCCAGGCAUCACCAUCCCGCCGCGGAGACCAAUCCGGCAGGCAGAUGUGGAGCUAGAAGCUAGGAGAGUUGAAGCUAGAGAACGAGACCUUCGUGCGGUUCUCCAGACCCUUUCCGACCAGUCCCUCAAGACGUCGCGCCGUCUAGACGACACCUACUACUCCAUUCUCGAGAAGGUCUCCGUAUUGCGCCAGACCAUCGGAACACUGCAAGAGCUCUCUGGCCUGACCAAAGAGCUCCACGAAAACUUCGAGUCGGACACGACAGAGUUGCUGGAGGAUGUGACUGGCCAAGUGGAAGCCUUUGAUGGCUUCAAGACACAACAGGAGCAAGUGAGCGGGUUGGAAGAGCGCAUCAAGGCGGGUAAAGAGAAAGCCGAUGCACUGACGGCGAGGCUCGAACGAGCGAAAGAGCGUGUCGAUGCGAGGGCCAAAUCGGAAGCGCAGUGGCAGGCGAAGAACACCCAUCGCGUGCGCAUAUUCUGGGCUAUAGUGGGCUUUGUAGCUGCACUCAUACUGGCUCUCGUUUUCUUUCGCCCGUCGCAACCGAUCGACAACCUACACGAACCGAAGAAUACACUCGAUCCUGCGACCAGAGAGGCAAUCCUGAAUGCCGAAAUUCCAGACAUAGCAAAAGAGGCAAUUAUAGGGCCGUCAUCUAGUACUGCAAGUCCAAAAAUGGAGACCCCCGAAGCGCAGCCUGUACUAGAUGACGACGAACGACUGCGCGCAUUCGACGAGUUGUAA